AUGGACGCCAGCCAGAUAAUUCAGAAGAUGGAAGUAUGGAGAUUUUCUUCUAGAAGAGUAGUUUUUGUCAUCCGUAUCAUGAGAGUAGAAGUGUUGCUACUUUUACUGCUGUGCCAGACUGCAGGCAAGAUGCAUUCCAUGAACUGCCCGUUUCCUGAAGAUCCUUUUCCUAUUCUUCAUGAAUUUUAUCAGCCUGGAGAACUUGUCAUUGGUAGGAUUCCAUCUCACAUCUUCUUCUUUGACAGCAGUCCUUCUUUCAUGGAACAGCCCACGUGGAUGUUGGCAGAUAAACCUGUUUCAAUACCAAAAGAAUAUCAGAACAUCUUGGCCUUGGCAUUCGCUGUGAAAGAGAUCAAUGAGAAGUCUGGAAUCUUACCAAAUCUCAGUUUAGGAUUCCACAUCCUCAACAGCUACUACAUUGCAAAGAUGACCUACAAGGCCACCCUCAGCCUGCUUUCUACACAGCAGAGAUUUAUCCCCAACUUCAAGUGUGAUCACCAGAAAAAUCUCAUCGCUGUAUUUGGAGCUCUGGCCUCAGAAACCUCCGCCAACAUAGCCACCGUUUUAGCCCUCUACAAGAUUCCACAGUUCACUUCUGGAUCACAUGCUCCACUGCAUGGUGGAAAAAUGCUGUUCCCUCAUUUGUAUCAGAUGGUCCCAAACGAAGCCCAUCAGUACAUGGGGGUUGUGCGUUUACUUCUCCAUUUCAGGUGGACGUGGAUUGGGCUGAUGGCGAUGGAUGAUGACAACGGGGACAGGUUUUUGCAGGCUGUGGUCCCUUUGCUUACACAGAAUAGGAUCUGUUCCUCUUUCACACUGCGAAUAACAAAAAUGGCAUUUAUGGAUGACUUUAUAACAGUGGUUUUAAGGCUGGAAGAGCAGUAUCGUGUUUUCUUGCAAAGCAAAGCCAAUGUAUAUUUUGUGUACGGAGAGCCACCAUCCCUGCACAUUCUGAGUAUGUUGCUGUCUGCCGCAGCAAAGUUUGCCUUGCCACCUCUGGGUAAAGUUUGGGUUGUUACGUCCCAGUGGGAUUUUAACACGUGGUCUAUUAACAGGAUUUGGGACAUCGAGGUUUUCCAUGGGGCCAUCUCGUUUGCAGUUCAUUCCAGUCAGCCGCCAGGAUUCCCAGACUUCCUUCAGAUUGUUAGACCUUCCUGGUCCAAAGGAGACGGCUUUAUCCAGGAAUUCUGGGAGCAAGCGUUCAGCUGCUCUAUGACAAUGUCUGAUCCGCAUAAGGAGAAUGAGAGAAUAUGCACUGGGGAGGAAAAGCUGGAGAGCCUUCCUGCAAUUUUUUUUGAGAUGCGCAUGACUGGCCGCAGCUACAGUUUAUACAAUGCCGCAUAUGCUGUGGCACAUGCGUUUCAUGCCAUGCACAUGUCCAGGUCUAAACAAAAAAAAAAGAUCAAUGGAGGACAACUCAACUUCCAAAAUAUAAAGCCGUGGCAGCUCCAUCACUUUCUAAAAUACAUAGAAUUCAACAACACUGCCAAAGACACGGUACGUUUUAAUGAAAAUGGAGAAAUAUUGGAAGGUUUUGACAUUACAAACUGGAUAACUUUCUCAAAUAGCUCUUUUGUUCGAGUAAAAGUUGGAAGACUGGAUCCUCAAGCUCCUCGGGGCCAAGAGUUGAUGGUUAAUGACGAUCAGAUUGUUUGGCAUAAAAGCUUUAAUCAGGUCUUGCCCAUAUCUGUGUGCAAUGACAACUGCCAUCCUGGCUAUAGCAAAAAAAAGAAGGACGGAGAAAAAUUUUGCUGCUAUGACUGUGUCUCAUGUCCUGAACAGAUGAUCUCUGAGCAGAAGGAUAUGGAUGUCUGUGUCAAAUGUCCAGAAGAUCGUUAUUCCAACGCACACCAAACUAAAUGCAUUUCCAAAGUUGUAAUCUUCCUCUCUUACAAGGAACCUUUAGGGAUCAUCUUAGCUGUAUUGUCUAUUUCUUUCUCUCUGAUCACAGCUUUAGUGCUUGGAAUCUUCAUUAAGCAUCAGGACACCCCAAUAGUCAAAGCCAACAACCGGAGCCUCACCUAUAUGCUCCUCAUCUCCCUCCUGCUUUGCUUCCUCUGCUCUUUGCUCUUCAUUGGACAACCUUUAAAAGUGACCUGCCUUCUCCGACAAACUACUUUUGGCCUUAUCUUCUCUGUAGCCCUCUCCAGUGUGUUGGCCAAAACCAUCACUGUGGUUCUGGCAUUCACGGCUACCAAACCAGGAUCUGGGAUGAGGAAGUGGGUUGGGAAGAGAAUGGCAAAUUCCAUUGUCCUUUUCUGCUCCUUUAUUCAAGCAGGCAUUUGUGUUCUUUGGUUAAGUACUUCCCUCCCCUUCCCAGAUAAGGACAUGCAUUCACUGAAUGACAAAAUCAUACUGGAAUGUAAUGAGGGCUCCGCUGCUAUGUUUUACUGUGUCUUGGGCUACAUGGGCUUUCUGGCCAUUCUCAGCUUCACAGUAGCUUUCCUGGCCAGGAAGUUACCUGACAGUUUCAAUGAAGCCAAAUUCAUCACCUUUAGUAUGUUGGUCUUUUGUAGUGUUUGGCUGACCUUUGUUCCAACGUACUUGAGCACCAAGGGAAAAUCCAUGGUGGCUGUGGAGAUCUUCUCUAUCUUAGCCUCCAGUGGUGGUUUACUGGGCUGUAUUUUCUCCCCCAAAUGCUAUAUUAUUAUUCUAAGGCCUAAAUUAAAUAACAGGGAGCAGUUAAUAAGGAGAAAUAAAAUAAAAUAA